CUUGCCUGCCGCUGCCCCCGCGCUGCCGGCGCCCCUGGGAGCGGAACCCGCGGGAGAGUUUGAUGGCGUCGCCUAGCAGCGGCCGGCGCCGUCCUCGGGCAGCGGUGCUGCAUUGACCUUCAGCUGUAUGAGGCAUCAGUGUGGCCCACAGCAAGCGGUAAGAGAAGGUCAAUAUGGCACCCAUUUUAGAUUGGAAGAAACUGAUGAAAGUUGAUCCUGAUGCUCUGCCUAAUCAAGAGAAACUAGCAGAAAAAUUGCUGGAGACCAUGACCAAGGUUGAUGGAAAAGAUUUAAAAAUGGAAACUCCAGAACAGCUGAUACAGCUAUUUAAAGUUACUCAGUGCCUGCUGAAGAUGAAAGCUGAAGAGGUAGAGUUGGCACUAGAAGAAGUUGAAAAAGCUGGGGAAGAGCAAGCCAAGUGUGAGAAUCAGUUUAAAACACAAGUGCUCAAGCUUCAGAAAGAACUACAGGUGGCACAGAGGUCUGCUGGUGGCCGUGACACUCGCUUCCUGCGCGACGAGAUCCGCCAGCUGGAAAAGCAGUUGAAAGAGAACCAGAGGCAGCUAACAGAUACAGAAAAAGAACUGGAGAAAGAGAAGAAAGUGAAUGAACAGCUUGCUCUUCGAAAUGAAGAUGCUGAAAAUGAAAACAUCAAGUUAAGGAGGGAGAACGAGCAGUUGCGCCAGGACGUAGCUGACUACCAGAGGGAAAUAGAUGCUCAGAAAGAAGCAAUUCUGUCACGAAGAGGAGAGGAUUCUGAUUACAGAUCCCAGUUGUCCAAAAAGAACUUUGAGCUUGCCCAGUAUUUGGAUGAAAUUCAGGUUUUGACUGAAGCUAAUGAGAAGUUGGACAUCCAGAACCAAGAAAUGAGGAAGAAUCUUGAGGAAUCGGUGCAAGAAAUGGAGAAGAUGACUGAUGAAUAUAACAAAAUGAAGCUCAUUGUGCAACAAUCAGAUUCUCUUAUGGAUCAGUUAAGGAAAGAGAAAGAACAGUACAAAUUUCAGGUUCGGGAGCUUUCUGAUCAACUGAAGGCAAGGAAUGAGGAAGAUGAUCCACUGAUGGCAGCUGUGAAUGAAAAAGUUGAAGAAUGGAAGAAAAUCUUAGCUUCUAAAGAUGAUGAACUUCUUGAGUACCAGCAAAUGGUGUUGAGCUUGCAAGAGCAAAUGAAAGUGGCUCAGCUUGAUGUAGACAGAAACAGUGUCAUGGCCCUUCAGCAGAUAAUAGCUGAACUCUAUGUUGGUGUGCAAGACAGAGAUGCUCAGAUCAGAUUGCUCACUGAGCAAGUUGAACAGUACACCAAAGAAAUGGAACAAAAUGCUUUUGUUAUUGAGGGAUUAAAAAGUGAACUCCAAAGAGACAAAGGUCACUCCUCUCUUGCUCAGCAGAAUCGUAUUGAGGAUAUGCAAGUAAAAUUAAAACUGCUGGAAGAGAGAAUGAAGGAGGCAGAGAAAUCAGCAGAAUUAGCAGAAGCAGAUGCCAGAGAAAAGGAUAAGGAACUUGUUGAGACCCUGAAACGAAUGAGAGACUACGAACUGGGAACCUAUGGUUUGGAAGAGGCAGUUGCUGAAAUCAAAGCUUUGAAAAAGCAAAUCCAAAUACAGGAUCGUGAGAUUGAAACCUUAGUUCAGGAAGUCAAUAAACUGGACCUUAGAAUCAAUGAUUUCCUUGAUGAAAAUGAAGAACUCAGGCAGCGGUUAGGUCUUGAGCCAAAGACAAUGAUCGAUUUAAAUGAAUUCAGGAACAGCAAAACACUGAAGCAGCAGCAAUACAGAGCUGAAAACCAGAUUCUUUUGCAAGAGAUUGAAAGACUGGAAGAGGAGAGAAUUGAGCUGAAAAAGCAGGUGCGGAGGUUGGCUCAGGAGAAAGGGAGCAAAGCUGCAGCAACAGGACUGAGUGGUGGUGAUGUGCAGACAGCUGAUGGCUUGACUGAGGAGAAGGAAGUGAAUAAGAAGUUGGAUUUCUGCAACAGACCUGAUAUUGCUGAAGUAAAAGCAAAGAAUGAAUACCUUGCAAAUGAAUUAAGUGUGAGAGAAAGAGAUUUGGAGAAGAACAGGAUUGUCAUAGCCAAAUUCCAAUCUAAAUUAAAAGAGCUGUCAGAAGAGAACAAACACCUUGAACAAGGCAUGAAAGAAAUACUGCAAGCUGUGAAGGAAAUGCAAAAGGAUCCUGGUGUGAAGGGAGGAGAAACAGCAUUAACUAUCCCCAGUCUGGAUCGUUUGGUUCAUGCCAUGGAAUCAAAGAAUUCAGAGGGGAUGUGUGAUGUAGGUGUCCACUUGAAAGCUCAGGUGGACCAACUUACAGGACGAAAUGAAGAGCUGAGACAAGAACUGAAGGAGGCUCAAAAGGAAGCAGCCAAUUUCUCUAACCAGUUGGCAAGUGCAAAUGAAAAGAUUGCACAACUGAACAAUGAAGUGAGCUCCUUACGACAGUCAGCAAGUGCCAGUGUUGUCUUGCAAGCAGUGACUCUGCCAGAGGGAAUGGCUCCUUCUAGUGCUCAUGUGAUUAAUUCUCUGAAUGAAUACUUAAUCCAUCUUGUACAGGAACUGGAAAGUAAAGAGCAGUUACUGAAGCAAUUAGAAGAUGCAGUGGAAGGCUACAAGAGGAAAUUUGCGGUGAUUCGUCAUCAGCAGGGCUUGCUGUAUAAAGAAUAUCAAAGCCAAAAGGAAAGCUGGCAGAAAGAAUCAGAAGAGAUGAAGGAGGAGAAAAAGAAGCUGGAAGAGCAGAAAGAACAGGAUGCUACCAAACUGAAGGCAUAUUCUCAUUUACUCAGUGCACUUCAGCUGGAUCCUGAUGAAACAAAAAAAGCCCUGGCAGAAAAUAACAGGAAGAUAACUGUUCUCCAAGUUAAUGAGAGGUCCCUAACGAGGAGGUACACCACAGUGCUUGAAGCAGAACGACAUCUCAGGAAGGAAAAUGAGCAACUCAAGGCUGAGAUAACACAGAUGGAGGCUGCAGUUAUGGGCAGGAUUGGAAACCUGCAACGAUUCAAGGAAAUGGCCAGCUUUAAGAUUGCAGCUCUACAAAAAGCUUUGGAUGGCAGUGUCCCCCUGGCUGAGCUAGAACUGGCUAAUAAGCAGUACAAUGCCCUGACUGCCAAAUACAGAGACAUGCUGCAGAAAGACAACUUGCUGGUCCAAAGGACAACAAACAUGGAUCAUGUAGAGCGUGAGAAUGAGUCCUUGAGGUCACAAAUCAAUGCAUUGAACAAGGAACUGGAGAUCACAAAGGAGAAGCUUCACACUGUGGAACAGGCUUGGGAGCAGAUGGCCAAACUGGGGGAUGACAAUGCCAUGGACAAGGCCACAAAGGCAAUAACCAACAGUGAGAUUUUAUCCAUAUCUAAGAAGAUCACAAUGCUGGAAAUGAAGGAGCUGAAUGAAAGGCAGAGAGCAGAACAUUCCCAACGCAUGUAUGAGCAUCUAAGGAAUACUGUGAAGCAGCUGGAAGAAAGGAAUGUGGAUUUGGAAACAAAGUUUGCUGAGCUCACCAAAAUCAACCUGGAGGCACAGAAAGUGGAACAAGAAUUAAGAGAUGAACUCUCCAAGAGUGUGAGUAAGGCAGUAAGUGAUGCAGACAGACAGCAAAUCGUGGAGCUGGAGAAGCAUGAGAUGGAGCUCAAGAUUGAAGUGUCAAAGUUAAGAGAACUGUCUGAUGUAGCCAAAAUGCAAGUUGAAGCUCUGGAAGCACAACAGCAGUACAGAGAUAAGGAAGUGGAAUCUCUUAGAAUGCAAAUUUUGGACUAUCAGGCACAGUCAGAUGAAAAAGCAACAAUUGCAAAACUGCAUCAACACAUCUUAGCCCUUCAAGGUAGUGAAGCUGUUGCUGCAGGCAAGUUGGAGACACUUCAACUGAAACUCCAGAAGCUGGAGAUCCAUAACCUACGUUUAGAGCAGAAGCUGGAUGAGAAGGAGCAAGCCUUAUACUUUGCCAGACUGGAAGGAAGGAACAGAGCCAAACAUCUCCAGCAGACAGUUCAGGCUUUGAGGAGACAGUUCAGUGGUGCUUUGCCUUUGGCACAGCAAGAAAAAUUCUCUAAGACAAUGAUUCAGUUGCAGAAUGACAAACUGAAGGUACUAGAAAAAGCUCAACGUGCCCAAGAGGAACGUCGGAAGGAGGAGAACAGAGCUUUGGAGCUGGAGUUGAAACUGAAAGGUUUGGAAGAGUUAAUCAGUGCACUGAAGGAUACAAGAGGAGCUCAAAAGGUGAUUGAGUGGCAUAUGAAGAUGGAGGAACUCCAUCUGCAAGAGCUUAAACUCAACCGGGAGUUAGCGAAGCAGAAGGAAGAGGUGAAGUACUUGCAGAACAUCAUCUCUGAAUAUGAGUGCACCAUCAAUAACCUGGAGGAAGAAAUGGUGCAGCAGAACAAGUUCCAUGAAGAAAGACAGCUGGCCUGGGACCAGAGGGAGGUGGAACUGCAGCGCCAGCUGGACCUGCGCGACCAGCAGCAACACGAAAUGCUCAGUACAGCUCUGAAGUUAGAAGAGGCUACAGGAUCAGAUCCAGACCCGAGUCUGCCACUCUCCCAACAGCUUGAGAUGGCUUUGAGGAAGGUUCAGGAGCAUCUUCGGACAAUCCUGGAAACCAGAGCAACCUGCAGAUUGCUGGAAGAGAAACUGAAAGAAAAGGAAACUGCUCUGUGGAAAGCUGAACAAAACGUUUUAGCCAGGGACAGAGUUAUCAAUGAACUAAGGCUUCAAAUACCUGUGACAUCAGAAAGAGAAAAAGUCCUGGCUGAGCUGGGGGAACCAGAAGGUGAUGCAGAGUACCAGCAUGCCAUGAAAAAUGCUCACCAAGCCGUUGCAAGUCUGCAAGCAAGACUGAAUCAGAAGGAUGAAGUGCUAAAGAAAUACCAACGUUUGCUUGCCAAAGCAAGAGAGGAACAAGAGGAAAUGAGCAAGAAGCAUGAGGAAGACCUGAGUGUUCUACACCAAAAGUUAAAUUUGCAUGCUGACAACUCCCUGCAUGCAUUCAAAGAGGAGUUAGUGCAAAAGGCUUCUUUAGCACUGUCCAACAGGCAGCACCUGCUGCGCUUAGCUGAGAUGGAGCAGACCGUAGCAGAGCAGGACAGUUCUCUGGCUGCACUCGUUGGGAAACUGAAGAAGGCUUCAGCUGAUUUGGAGAAGCAGAAAGAAAUCAACGUACAGAAAGUCAAAGAGUUUGAGCUCAUCAAAGCCCGCCUUCAGCAAAAGCAUGCAGUUGAUGUGGAACAACUGAAAGAGGAAGCAAAUGAAUCGAGAAACCUUUUAGCUCAGCUGGAGAAGGAAUUAGCAAAUGUAAAAGCUGAGCUAGAAGUCCAGAAAGAAGCAAAUAACAGAGCACCCACAGCAACACUCAAGAACCUGGUGGAACAGCUGAAGAAGCAGUUAGCAAUAAAAGAGAAGCAGCAGAAGGCUUUGAGUAAAGCCAUUCUGGAGCUCCGAGCAGAGCUGACUGCUAAUGCAGAACAGCAAAUCAUUUCUGCUGCAUCACAGAAAGAGACACAGAUGAAUGUCCAGGAGCUUGUUGACAGACAAACCAAGGAGCUUAUGACACAGAUAGAGGAGUUAAAUAAUCAGGUUACAAAACUGACAGACAACCUGAAAAUAAGUAAAACCAGGGAAAGUUCAUUGGCUGAUGAAAAGGAUGAGCUGAACCAAGAGCUUCAGAGGAAACAAAAAGCAUUUGCUAAAGUGGUGAGAGAAAAGAAUGAGAUGGACAAAGAAAAUGAAGACCUGAAGAAACAGAUCAAGAGGCUCAACAACAGCAUUCAGAGCAAAGCUGAGGAUCAAAAUCUCAUAGAAGGGCUUCAAAAGAAAGUUAAAAAGUUGGAAAGUGAACUUGAGAAGUGUGAAGAAACAGGAAGAAAAGGUGUGAGAGAAGACAAGGCUUCCAAAGAGGAAAUAAUUCGAUGGGAAGAGGGUAAAAGAUGGCAAGUGAGGAUGGAAGGCUUGAGGAACAGGCUGAAGGAGAAGGAGAAAGAAGCAGAUGCUUUAGCCAAGCAGUUGAAUACAUUGAAGGAACUUUAUAGCAAGAGUGAAAAAGAGAAGGUUGCUCUGCAGAAGAAACUGAAGGCUCCUGGUGUCACUGUUGACCGUGUGGUUGGAAUAAGAGCCUCAGAGACUGAAAAGGAACUGGAAGAGCUGAGGAAAAGGAACCUAGAGUUAGAAAAUGAAGUUGCCCACAUGAGAAGCCAGCAAGCAAUCCCAAGGGAUUCUGUUGUAGAAGAAUUGCAUUUCAGAACUCAGUACCUGCAGGAAAAGCUUCAUGUGCUAGAGAGACAACGCUCAAGAGAGAUCUGUUCUAGAGCCUCGAGCACCUGUGACCAAACUGAACUGCCCAAGGCUCUUCCUAGCAGUGUCACUAAACAAAAGUAUUUGAAAUUCCUUCAAAAGAAACCUCUUUCAAACAGAGAUGGAAUCAAACCUCAAAACAACCCCAGCACCCCCAAUGGCAGUGAAAUAGGUGAGGAAGCAGACAUCAGACAAAACCAAGUCCAUGAAGCUGCUGUGGAUGCAGGCACAGAGGUGUCCCCUGAAGCUAGUGAGAUGUGCAAGGACACAUCUGGGGAAGGAUUGGAAACCAAAAGUAGAGCUGAAGCUGAUGAAGAGAACUGCAGUGAAAAAGAAGGAAACACAACCCAACCUGACAAUGGAAAACUCAGUGAGGAAUUUGAAGAGAAGGAGAAGAAGCAAGAAAUACUCAGGCAGUCAAAUGUUGAUGAAGAAGAAAGCCUGGAGCUGCCUGAUGCUGACAGGAUCAGCUGCAACCAGCCUGAUUCAGAGGAACCUUCUAAUCAAGCUGCUGCUGAAGCAUCAAAAAUGAAUGUGAAUGGUGAAAUGAAUCCACACACUGCAGAGGAUAAACAUCAGGCUCACCAGAGUGCUACAGAGGGGGAUGAAACGACCCCAGAACUGGGUGAAAUGCCCAAGGCAUCAGGGACAGCCUCAGAUGAUCAACACAGAAGAGACCAAGAGCUUCUCAAGGAAAAUUUAAGGUUGUCAUCUGAAAACAUUGAGCUGAGGUUCCAGCUUGAGCAGGCCAAUAAAGAUUUGCCAAGGCUGAAGGAUCAAGUAGGUGACUUAAAAGAAAUGUGUGAACUUCUCAAAAAGGAGAAAGCAGAUGUUGAGCAAAAGCUGGGAAGCAUCAGAGGGGCUGGUAGAAGUGGGAAGACAGUCCCAGAAUUGGAAAAAACAAUUGGUUUGAUGAAAAAGGUUGUAGAAAAAGUCCAAAGAGAGAAUGAAGAUCUGAAAAAAGCUCCAGCUGUGGUUUCAAACGAGAAAUUAGUUGGUCUGGAACAGGAAAAUGAGAGGCUAAAGUCUGAGCUGAAAAAAAUGAAACUUGACCUGGGGGAGCAGCUGAGUGUGAGGCAUGAAUCUCAAACCAAAGGAAUGGAAAAAGUCAUGGCUGAGAACGAGAGGCUGCGGAAAGAGCUGAGAAAGGAAGCUGACAGUGGAGAGAAGCUGCGAAUAGCAAAGAGUAACCUAGAGAUGGUAAAUGAGAAGCUAACUCUGCAACUGGAGGAGACCCUGAAGAGGCUGAACUUGGCUGAGAGGCAACUUGAAGGAGCUGACAGCAGAAGUUGGAAGUCCAUUGUCACAAGCAAGGUGCAGGAAACGAAGAUGAAGGAAAUGGAAAUGGAUAUUGUUAAAAAGACUCAAAGCAUUUCUGACCUUAAAAGGCUGCUUCAGGAAGCAACAAAACGUCAACAGGAUGCUGAGAAAAACUUAGAAGAGCUAAGAAAGCAGAUUAAGCUUCUCAAACACCCUCCUGAAGAGUCAAGCACAGAUAAAAGCCUCCUCAAGGAGCUUAAUCUUUUAAGGUUAAAUAAUCAGCAGCUACAGAAAGAAAAAGCAGAGCUUGCUCAGCAGCUGGAGGAUCAGAAGCACCACCUGCAGACAUCUACAACUGAAGGGCCUGCUGCUGGAGUUAAUGGAAUUGUUGAGAAGAUGCAAAAAGACAAAUUAAUGACAGAAGUAGCUGAGCUGCAGGCAUGCCUGAAAGCCUCAGAGUUGGAAAACCAGAAAUUAAAGGAAGAAAGCAAAAAGCUGAGAGAAGAACUGGACAACCUUGACCCUUCCUUUUUUGAAGAGAUUGAAGAUUUGAAGUACAACUACAAUGAGGAAUUGAAAAAAAACAUUCUCUUGGAAGAGAGGUUAAAGAAACUUUCUGAAGAGCUUAGCACUCGAGUGGAGAGUCCAAGCAGUGCUUCUGCUGAUCAGGCAAGUGUGUAGUGUCCUCAGGGCUGAGAGAGAAAAUGAGUACUGGAGCAGUCCACAUAUUGUGGUUUGCUUUUUCUCUUUCAGUGAUGCAAAUCUAUUCAAGUCACAAGAGUUUGGCACCUACCUAAGAGGGCAGGAUUGCAUUAGCUCCCCCUUAGAUUAGGGUCAGGCAUUUAUAGACACCAAUCCAAAUGAAAGUGACUUUUACCUCGCUCAACUCUUGUUUUAAUUCAGAAGAGUCAUUUGAGUCAUACACAGGUGCCAAGUGAAGGUAAAACUUAGAGCAUAGCACAUUUGAAGAGGUUUAGGAUAAAUAUGCAAAGGUCCAGAUCAACUAAGAACAGGUAAUUUGGUCCUGCUUAAGGAUGGGGCUGUGGGUCAGGCUGCUGGCUGGCUGUUCUCACACCCCUGCUCCACUUUUACCUCAACUUUGGAAGACCUAAGAACAAAGAACUGUUUAAAAAGUGAGAUUGUUUCAGCCAGGCUAAAGGUAUUUUGUUGUAGAUAAAUUAUUCUUUGUUGUCUAUAUUUUACAGAGCUGACUGUCCACUUUUAUAGCACAGAUAAAAUAAAGACAAAACAAUCCUGCA